AGCAGAAUAGCAGAAUAUUUGGUUCUCUGUAUAUCUGUCACCAUGGUAACUGGCUAGCGACAUUUUGGGGAUAUCCGACUUUAUAAUCUGUCUCAGCCAUCACUGUUCCUCAGGAUUUACAGUACUGCCUAUACGUCACAUGUAGGUGUGGUGUUAUGAACCAGUAUGUGCUUGUCCGUCAGAUUGGAGAAGGGGCAUUUGGGAAGGCCUUCUUGGUCCAGGACAGGUACAAAGACGAUGGUGGUGACAGCCAAUGCGUGGUCAAAGAGAUCAGUCUCAGAAAGAUGUCACCAAGGGAAAAGGAAGCAUCCAAUAAGGAAGUCACGCUGCUUGCAAAGAUGAAGCAUCCAAAUAUCGUCACCUUUUUUAAAUCAUUUCAGGAAAGUACUAGCCUCUACAUAGUGAUGGAGUACUGUGAUGGAGGUGACCUGAUGAAGAAGAUCAGUAUGCAAAGAGGUCUUUUGUUUACUGAAGAGCAGAUUCUGGAUUGGUUCGUACAAAUCUGUCUGGGACUGAAGCACAUCCACGACAGAAAGAUUUUGCACAGAGAUAUAAAAGCACAGAAUAUAUUUCUUACCAAAAAUGGGAUGAAAGCCAAGCUGGGAGACUUUGGCAUUGCAAGAAUGUUAAACAAUACGAUGGAGCUAGCCAGGACCUGUGUUGGGACGCCAUACUAUCUGUCUCCUGAGAUCUGUGAGAACAGACCGUACAACAACAAGACGGAUGUUUGGUCUCUGGGCUGUGUCCUGUAUGAACUUUGCACCCUCCGGCAUCCAUUUGAGGGGAGCAAUCUGAGGCAGCUGGUGAUGAAGAUCUGUAGGGGGCGCUACAACCCAGUGUCCACCCGCUACUCCUAUGAGCUGCGCCUGCUGGUCACUCAGCUGUUCAAGGUCAGCCCGCGAGACCGGCCUUCCGUCACCUCUGUCCUCAAACGGCCCUUCCUAGAGAAACGGAUCAGCAGACACAUGGAUCCACAGGUGAUUAAGGAGGAGUUUAGCCAUACAGUGUUGCACAAGAAGAGAGCUGCUAUAGACCCACAUGCUAGAGUACAGGCAGCACCAGCACAGAUCUCAGAAAGAGUCAUCCAAGGUGAGGUCACAGAGAGACCUCCCCCUCGGAUGAAGCUUGGGCCGUCUGUCAAGAAACAGCCCCCAAAACCAGAGUGGAAACCCCCUGCCAGAGUCAUGCAACAGCACAAACCGUUUCAGCCAAUAGCAGCACAAGCACGGGUUCAAGAGGUCAAACUGUACGGUCAACAGGACUCCAGAUGGAACGGUCAGGCCGAACUCAACCCUUAUGGUCACUACCAUGCCCGUCUGGACGCCAUCCAGAGAAGACACCCUCCACCUCCUCUUUCUACACCUCCUCUUCCUCCUUAUCAUCCUCCCCCGGUUGCUGUGGAGAUGCCUGUGGAGCACUGUGAUAACAAUGAGUACCGCCCAGAACCUUAUCAGUUAGUGGCUGCCGCUCGUAAUGAAUACCUCCAGAGGAGGCAGGAGGCAAAUCAAUACAAGCUGAGGGCAGAGAAACAGCUGGGCCUCCGGCCUUCCACAGCAGACGCUGGGCGGUACAGAUUGGCUGAGCAGGACCAGGGGGCAGGGCGUCCUGAACCACAACAUACACCCCAGAUCAGGAAGCAAGACGGACAGCAGGAUUAUCUACGGCAGUUGCAGAUCAUCCGACAACAAUAUUAUGAUGAGAUGAGAGAUAUCAGAAGGAGAGCUGAAGCUGAGCCUCAGGUGAAACCAGGUACAUACCUGGUAGAGAAGCCCAAACACACAGAGCCACCAACACACAGUGGAGACCAGGAAAGAGACCAGGAAAGAGACCAGGAAAGAGACCAGGAAAGAGACCAGGAAAGAGACCAAAAGAGACCUGCCCAGGGCAUUGAAGAAGCCCUGAGACAGAUAAGGCAGGACACCAUACAGGAGAGGAGAGAACUACAGAAGAAGCACAAAGAAAAGAAAGCUAUUAUGUUUGAGAUCAGGUUAAACGAUGAAAGUAUUCAAAAGGAUGAAGAGAAAGAGGAGAAUGACAAGAGAAUAGUGAAUGACACAAAAGAAGAUGAGCAAGAGGAAGUAGACCCACUGAACCAGGCCCUGAGCUUCCAUGAAGGGGAGGAGCUGAGGCACAGGGAUUGGUCUGGGGCAGGAUUGGGGGCGGGGCAGGUUGACGCCAUACCCAGGUCAGAGGUGAGGAAGGAGUGGGGCCAGGCAGCACCACAGACCCUACUGAACGCCCUGGCUGAGAUGGACGUGUCAUCUGCGUGUACCACCAUGACCGGGCCUGAACUGGGGGGAACUACAGAAUGGGAGGAGGGAGAGGGGAAGGCUGUAAGGGUGAGGAGACAGUGGGGAGAGGGUCCCCCAAAUACCUUGCUCCAUGCCCUGGGCCAGAUUGAGCUAACUACCACUCUGGACUCCCAAACCCCAGAACCCUUGCCAGAGAAAGGGGUAGCGGAGGAGCAUAAGAACGAGGUAGUGGAUGGAGAAGAGGGGGAGGAGGAUAAAGAAUCCGAUGUGGAUCUGGACGAGGAACGCCUGGAGCCCAGGUCGGAUGACGACGACACGAACUUUGAGGAAUCUGAAGACGAGCUGAGAGAGGAGGUGGCAGAUUCCAUGAGGAACCUCUUCAUUAUGGAGGAUGAAGAGAGUGUGAAAGAAGGAGGGGAGAAGUUUGAAACAGACGUAGCGGAGAACCGUUUAGAUGGCCAGCCAAUACACCCAGUGAUUGAGCCAAUGGGUGAAAACACUGUGGACACAUCCACCGACGACCUCUCUGACUCCAGCCCAGACCGAAGGGCGAGAGAGGCCCAGACAGAAGACUGCAAGGACAAUAGGAAGUAAGAGCAGAAAAACACCUGUUCAUAUUAUCGUUUUACUGACAGGUUGCAGUGGGACUGAACAAGACAUGGACAUUGACCGUGGAAGCGUGGAUGCUGUUCUAUGAAAGACAAUGCCGGUUUUGACCUGAGCUAUUCUUCUAAUCAUUUUCAUCAGCAUAGUCCAGUAACGACGUGUCUUACGUUUUCUUAAGUGCAGAUUAUAGUUCGGACCAAGUGUUGCCUAUUCUUGCCACAGGUUGGUAGUAUAACAUAAGCAGGCAUUGAACUUCCAGAGAAUCGCGGUGUGAUCAGUAGUGGCAGUGUGAUCAAUAAAAUGAUCAACUUCAGCAAACACUUGGGACAGUGCGACUCAUGUUUCACUUUUAAAUAAUAACCUGUAUGAAAUUGUAA